AUGGUUUCAAUUUUAGAAUCUCGAUCUUCAAUGAAUAUUGAUUUCGACAAGAACUUCGUUCAAAUCAUCGAUGGAGUCGUGUCGCCAACCAAGGAAAGGCGUCAAGUUACCAACCCUGCCAACCGAGAAAUGAAUUCCGAAGUUCCACGCGCAACCAGAAAUGAUCUUGAACAUGCUGUCGAGGCUGCUAGAAAGGCUUUUGUAACCUGGUCGAAGGUUACAUACGAGGAACGGCAGCGCAUGGUGCUCGAAUUUGCUGAUGCGAUAAACGUUUGCUACAACUUGUUUUCGGAUCUUCUUGUUCAAGAGCAAGGAAAACCAAGACACCAGGCCUGGACCGAGGUCAACCAGGCCAUUGGAUGGAUUCGAGGGAUGAUAAGAAUCCCGAUCAGGGAUGAAACGAUUGAAAACGGCCAGCGUCACAUCGUGAAGACCAGAUACUUUCCCCUCGAAGUGGUUGCUGCAACUUGUUUAUCUUGGGACUUUCCAAUGUUCAACUGCGCAGCAAAGAUUGCACCAGCUCUUCUGAUGGGAAACGUGAUUAUUGUCAACCCAUGUCCCUUUGCCCCGUCUUGUGGAUUGAAGCUGGUUGAGUUGGCUCAGUGUUUCUUUCCUCCGGGGGUCGUUCAGUCUCUCAGUGGAGAUAACAGCCUAGUUGAAUUGAUUGCCCGCCAGCCGAACAUUGACAAAAUCAGCUUCUCUAGAUCCACAAAAACCGGAAAAGACGCACUGGCACUGGACCUCACUAGGAAUAACCGGAAGCAUGACAAGAUAGCAUUGAGCGGUAAUGAUUCUGCAAUCAUAUUCCCUGAUGUUGAUAUUGAGCGAAUAGCGGAGAAGGUGGCAUACUAUACAUUUCUCAACUCUGGUCAGAUCUCUCUCAAUAUCAAACAAAUUUACGUCCACGGAUCCAUCUUCGAAGAAUUCAAAGCAGCCCUUGUGAAAGUCAUCAAAGUGUACAAACUGGGUGACCGUUCUCAAGUUAAGACUACUCAUGGGCCAAUUCAAAAUCUCAUGCAUUAUGGACGAGUCAGAGAUCUUUUGAAGCAUAUCGAAAACCACCAUUGGAACAUUGCUGUGGGCGGCAAAAUCGAUCACUUACUGGAGUCUGGCUACUUUAUCCCUCCAACUGUGAUUGACCGACCCCCAGAGAAAUCUCAUAUCGACCGAUCGUUACUCUUCUAUCUUGGAAACCCGAGCAAGAUGUCAUUGCUCAAGCAAACAACUCCAAACGGACAUAGGGAGAGUAGCCUAGGUACUGAAUGGGGGUUUGAUGGACUCAAGGGAUUCUGCACCGUGCAGAAUUUGACUGUUAAUAAACCCUCUGCGAGUAUUCAGUCUGGCCUUCCCCUGAUUCACCACAAGAAGUGA